AUGCAACUUGCCGCUUCUCCCUCUCCUCCGAAUCCCGACUCGCCGAACACGCCCAUCAACAUAUCCGAGCACGCAGACCCAAAAAUUCACAACCCGGAAGUCGACACGGUGCUCGCGCAGCCGGAGCCACUGCACGUGAAAGAAGUGCCGCCGGCGCCUGCGGAGGAGACGCGCGCGUAUGACGCGCCGCCCGUCGAGGGCCAGACUGGAUUGGUGCCGGAAGAGGGGCACGUGGAGCAGGAUGUGAACAUGGAGGAGGGGCCGAGGGAGGAGGAGGAAGAGGCUGGCGAGGGCGAGCUCGACGGCGACGUCACCAUGGCGCACGACGGCGAGGGCCAUUCCCCUCCCGCGGGCUCGUCGACGACGGCGGUGGACAGCGUCGUGGAGGACGAGCAGCCACCGGUCAAGCGCGCCCGCAAACACUCGGACGCCGAGCUCGCUUCAGCCCAUACGACGCCCACCGCCUCUGCUCCCGUCCAGUCUCCUGCCACGCUCUCCGCAGCGCAAUAUAAAUUCUUGACUUCCACCAUCCGCCAACUUAAGAAGCUGAAAGACUCUGCACCCUUCCGCGCGCCAGUCGAUCCAGUGGCGCUAAACAUCCCGCACUACUUCCAGGUGGUCAAGCACCCGAUGGACCUCCAGACUGUCGAGCGCAAGUUGGCCUCGUCGAACCCCGCCAAACCGGACCCGAACGCCAGCAACCCGCGAUACAACUCUGCGGAAGAACUCAUCCUGGACGUCCGACAGAUGGUCAUCAACUCGGUCACGUUCAACGGCGCCGAGCAUGUCGUCACUCAGAUGGGCAAGCGCGUCGAGGAGCAGUUUGACAAGGCGCUUAAGCAGCUACCCCCGCCCGACGAAGCCCGCGCUGAACCCUCGGAGCCCUCGUGGCUCUCGCGUCCCACGCAUUCCGCAUCUGCGCCUGGCACCGCCCGCCCGCCAAAGACGGCCCCGAUCAAGAAGGAGAAGGUCGCGUCUCCGUCCCCUCCCGCCGCUGUCCCAAAGAAGGCCGCCCCUUCUCGUCGUCCGUCAACAUCAACUCCCACCAUUCGCCGUAAUGACGAUAGUCACCGGCCGAAACGCGAGAUUCACGCCCCUGCUACAAAGGAGUUGCCAUACACCUCCGAGCCGAAGAAGCCGCGUCGGCGCGCCUCCAAGUCCGCCGCCUCGAACGAGCAGCUCAAGUAUUGUGGCAAGAUUCUCGACCACCUCAACAAGAAGCAGUUCUUCAACACCGUGGCGCCUUUCGCCGAACCUGUAGAUUGGGUAAAGCUCCAGAUCCCGGAUUACCCGAAGAUUGUCAAGAAGCCGAUGGACCUCGGUACUAUGCGGUCGAAGCUCGACAACGGCGAGUACACAUCCGCGGAUCGCUUCCACGCCGAUUUCAACCAGAUCAUCAAGAACUGUUGUGACUAUAACCCUAAGGGCACGGCGGUAUAUGACGCCGGCCAGGCGCUCAAGCGACUCUUCGAGGAGAAGUGGCGAGCUUUGCCCCCAUUGCAGCCGAGCUUUGAGAGCGAGGACGAGGAGGAGGAGGAGGUCGAAGAUGACGAGGAAGUUGAGCGUUUGCGACGACUUCGCGAGAUGCAGGAGCAAAUGGCUGCGCUCCAGGCUCAGAUGCAGGAGAUGCAGGGCACUCCCGCGGUCGUGAAGAAGCCCAAGAUUGAACGAGCGCCACCGCCGCCGCCUGCCCCGAAGAAGCGCAAAGCGCCGCCCGUCGAGCGCGAGCCGUCUAUCUCCGCUCCGCUGCCCUCGACGUCCAAACCGAAGAAGGAACGUGCUCCGCCGCCUCCCCCGCCGCCUCCCAAGAAGAAGGCUGUCAAUCGGAAGACGGCCACCAUCCCUGACGACGACGUGCUUUCUUUCGACCAGAAGAAGGAGCUCUCUGAGGCGAUUGGCACCCUCGACGGCAGCAAGCUGGAGCGCGUCAUCAACAUCAUUCAUGAGGGUGUACCGGAGAUCCGCGACAGCCAGGAGGAGAUCGAGCUUGAGAUAGACGCCCUUCCCGCCAACGUCCUAACGAAGUUGUACAAUUUCGUGAUUCGACCGAUGAAGCCACCCCCACCGAAGAAGCCGCGUACUGGCAAGGGUACGGGUACUGGUGGCCUCAAACGCAAGAGCAUGGAUGAGGAUGUUGAGGAGGCGAAGAUCAGGAGGCUCGAGGCGCAGAUGCGCCUAUUCGACGAGCAUGCUGCUGGUGGCAGCGCCAGCACCCCGCUCCCACCUAUUCCCGCCGCUGCUUCCGCCGCAAACGGGCACGAAAGUGAUUCGAGCAGCGACGAUGAUAGCUCCGGGAGCGAUUCGGAGUGA